CGGAGUCCCGGCCCUGCCAGCGGAGGGUGCCCAGGCCGCGUAGCCGGCACUUUUUCUCACCCCAGGAAGCUACGGUGUCGGACAGUCGCCGACUGGGCCGGCGCAGGAAAUAGAAUAGUCAUCAUGAUAGAAGACAAAGGACCAAGAGUGACAGACUACUUCGUUGUGGCAGGUCUCACUGAUACAUCCACUCUUUUGGAUCAAGAAAUAAAUCGUAUAGAUACUAAAUCAAUUGGCCCUAAAGCUCCAAUCACAGACAUUGCUGUUAUUAUCAAAUCAGCUGGGGAAACUGUACCUGAAGGUUACACCUGUGUUGAAGCCACUCCAUCAGCGCUCCAAGCAAACUUGAAUUAUGGAAGUCUGAAAAGCCCAGAGCUUUUCCUGUGUUACAGGAGAGGGAGAGAUAAACCACCCCUUACAGAUAUUGGAGUGCUGUAUGAAGGGAAAGAAAGGCUUAUUCCAGGAUGUGAAGUGAUCCAAGCCACACCAUAUGGCCGCUGUGCCAAUGUCAACAAUAGUUCAGCUACAUCUCAGAGAAUCUUUAUCACCUAUCGAAGGGCUCCUCCAGUGCGGUCCCAGAAUUCCUUGGCUGUAACUGAUAUCUGUGUGAUUAUAACCAGUAAAGGAGAGACCCCUCCUCAUACCUUCUGCAAAGUUGAUAAAAACUUAAACUGUGGCAUGUGGGGUUCCAAUGUGUUUCUGUGUUACAAGAAGUCUGUGCCUGCUUCAAAUGCAAUAGCAUAUAAAGCUGGUUUGAUUUUUCGAUAUCCAGAAGAAGAUUAUGAGUCUUUUCCACUCUCAGAAUCCGUGCCUCUCUUCUGCCUUCCUAUGGGAGCCACUAUUGAAUGCUGGGAUCCUCAAACCAAAUACCCACUUCCUGUUUUCUCAACAUUUGUCCUGACAGGUUCUUCAGCUGAAAAGGUAUAUGGAGCUGCCAUCCAGUUUUAUGAACCUUACUCUCGAGAACUUCUAACAGAGAAACAACUUACACAGCUGGGCCUGUUGACUCCCGUGGAGAGAAAAGUGAUCUCCAAACCCAUCAAUUCAAACAAAUGCAUUUGUUUGCUUUCACACUGGCCUUUUUUUGAAGCUUUUAAGAAAUUUCUUAUGUUUAUCUACAAAGUUUCUGUGUCUGGACCACAUCCUCUUCCCAUUGAAAAGCACAUUUCACAUUUUAUGCAAAAUAUCCCUUUUCCUUCACCACAAAGACCAAGAAUCCUCGUACAGCUAUCAGUCCAUGAUGCAUUAAUAUUAUCACAACCAGUGUCCACACCUUUACCAUUAAGUGGAGCCAACUUUAGUUCCUUGCUGAUGAAUCUGGGUCCUGAGAAUUGUGCAACCUUGCUGCUGCUGGUUUUACUUGAGAGUAAGAUUCUGCUGCAUUCUCUCAGGCCAGCUGUACUGACUGGGGUAGCUGAAGCUGUUGUUGCUAUGAUCUUUCCAUUUCAGUGGCAGUGCCCAUAUAUCCCCCUUUGUCCUCUUUCAUUGGCUGGAGUGCUUAGUGCACCUUUACCAUUUAUAGUUGGAGUGGACUCAAGGUACUUUGAUCUUCAUGACCCACCACAAGAUGUUGUUUGCAUUGACUUGGAUACGAACACGUUAUAUGUAUCUGAUGAAAAAAAGAACAUAAACUGGAAGCAGCUUCCCAAAAAGCCAUGCAAGAGUCUGCUUGGCACCCUGAGGAGACUGUAUUUCCAGCUCUGCUCAGUUCAUCGAAAACCUCAGGAAAGUUCAGCAAUUGAGAUGACCCCAAUUGAAGCAGAUUUCUCUUGGCAAAAAAAGAUGACACAAUUGGAGAUGGAAAUUCAAGAGACAUUUUUGCGAUUUAUGGCAUCUGUUUUAAAAGGGUACAGGUCAUAUCUCAGACCAAUCACAGAAGCUCCUUCUAAUAAAGCCACAGCUGCGGAUUCAUUGUUUGAUCGACAGGGUUUUUUGAAAAGUCGGGAUCGUGCCUAUACAAAAUUCUAUACUCUUUUAUCCAAAACACAGAUUUUUAUUCGCUUCAUUGAAGAAUGCAGUUUUGUAAGUGAUAAAGAUACUGGAUUGGCAUUUUUUGAUGAUUGCAUCGAGAAGUUGUUUCCAGAUAAAGGUGUAGAGAAAACAGACAAGGUUGAUUUGGAUUCAGCAGAAGACACCAAGUUGAUAGAGCUAGAUGAUUCACAGAAAAGUGAACACACUGUAUUUAUAACGCCACCUGAGCCACCACCUGAUGAUGGAAAUAAUUUGUCACCUCAGUACAGUUACACAUACUUCCCAAGAUUGGAUCUUAAGCUUUUUGACAGCCCCCAGGAGCUGAGACUGUGCUUCAAUAGACAUCCUCCUGGGAAUAGCAUUACCAACAGCCCUGCCCUCAUGGCUAAAAGAACUAAACAGGAGAUAAAAACAGCUCAUAAGUUGGCAAAGAGAUGUUAUACGAAUCCACCACAAUGGGCCAAGUAUCUAUUCAGCCAUUGUUACAGUUUGUGGUUUAUUUGUCUCCCAGCCUAUGUUAGAGUUUCUCACCCUAAGGUCCGAGCACUCCAGCAGGCACAUGAUGUGCUUGUUAAGAUGAGGAAGACAGAUGUGGAUCCACUAGAUGAGGUGUGCUAUCGAGUAGUAAUGCAGCUUUGUGGACUUUGGGUUCAUCCUGUUUUAGCAGUGAGAGUCUUAUUCGAAAUGAAAACUGCUAGAAUAAAACCAAAUGCUAUUACAUACGGCUAUUAUAAUAAGGUAGUUUUGGAGAGCCCAUGGCCCAGCAGUACUCGCAGUGGCAUUUUCUUGUGGACGAAAGUACGGAAUGUUGUACAUGGUUUGGCCCAGUUUAGGCAACCACUUAAAAAGACUGGGCAAAAAUCACAGGUCUUUUCAAUAUCAGUUCCUCAGAAUGCUGCAUGUGGAAGUGAUGGGGACACAGUGAGCCAUGGUAGUGUGGAUAGUUCUAACGAUGCUAACAGUGGGGAGCACACAGCCUUCGUCAAAGACUUAAUCAGCCUUGAUUCCAUUGAUAAUCACUCUAGCACAGGCGGUCAGUCAGACCAGGGCUAUGGGUCCAAGGAUGAGCUCGUAAAGGAGGAUGCAGACAUUCACGCACCUGAAGAGCACAUGCCACAAGACCUGAUGACCACAGAACUGCACAUUGAAGAGGAGUGUGAUAUAUCUGCCAUUGUCUCAAAACACUUGCAACUUACUCCUGAACCUCAGAGUCCAACUGAGCCUCCUACAUGGGGCAGCAGUAUUGUGAAAGUUCCCUCUGGCUUAUUUGACACCAACAAUAGGACAAGUAGUACUGGUAGUACUUCAAAUGUGCUAUUUUCUACUCAAGCUCUAGUGGAGGACACAGUCUUCGGUGAGGUUACUAAUUUCAAGAAGAAUGGUGAUAGAGGAGAAAAAAGACAGAAGCAUUUCCCAGAGAGGAGCUGUAGCUUUAGUUCUGAAAGUCGAGCAGGGAUGCUGCUUAAGAAGAGCAGUUUGGAUCUGAAUUCGAGUGAAAUGGCCAUCAUGAUGGGAGCAGAUGCCAAGAUCCUCACAGCAGCACUGACGUGUCCUAAGACUUCUCCACUUCAUGUCUCAAGAACUCAGAGCUUUGAGAACGUUAACUGUCAUCAAGCUGACAGUAGGACUCGUGUGACGGAAGGCAUCUGGGAUUCUGAGCACAGAUCAUCUCCUGUGCUAGAGAUGCUGGAGGAAAGCCAGGAGUUCCUGGAACCUGUGGUUGGUGAUAAUGUGACAGAGAUUGCAGUAGAGAUGACAUGUAACAGUCUACAAAGUAACAGUAACCAGUCCAGAGACACAAAAGCAGGAUCCCAAGAUACAGUGAAUAAGAGGAGCAGUUCCUAUGCUACUGGGAAAGCCAUCGAGAGAGAAGAUGUUGAAACUGGACUAGAUCCUUUGUCUCUUUUAGCCACUGAAUGUGUAGAAAAAACUUCUGAUUCCGAAGAUAAGUUAUUUUCUCCAGUAAUUUCACGUAAUCUGGCUGAUGAAAUUGAAAGUUACAUGAACCUAAAAAGUCCACUAGGUAGUAAAUCUUCUAGUAUGGAAUUGCAUGGAGAGGGGAACCAAGAGCCUGGCUCUCCUGCUGUGUUUGCUCACCCUUUAAAAAGGAGAUCCAGUCUACCUUCAGACCAUGGUCCACCAGCACAAGACAGUACUGAGAUUGAGAAGAGCUCCCCUGCAGUGUCCAGGUCUAAAACUUUGACCGGGCGUUUCAAGCCACAAACUCCUUACCGCACUUACAAAGACCGGUCCACUUCCAUAUCAGCAUUAGUGCGUUCUUCACCAAAUAGCUCUCUGGGCUCUGUAGUAAAUUCUCUAUCGGGGCUAAAGUUGGACAAUAUACUCUCAGGGCCCAAGAUAGAUGUCCUAAAAUCUGGUAUGAAACAAGCAGCAACAGUAGCCAGUAAGAUGUGGGUGGCUGUAGCAUCUGCCUACAGCUACUCAGAUGACGAGGAAGAAACUAAUAAAGAUUAUAGUUUCCCAGCUGGCCUAGAAGAUCAUCAUAUACUGGGGGAGAAUCUGUCCCCUAAUACAAGUAUCUCAGGGUUGGUUCCCAGUGAACUUACCCAGAGUAACACAAGUCUCGGCAGUAGUAGCAGCAGUGGAGAUGUUGGAAAAUUGCAGUGUCCAACAGGUGAAGUUCCAUUUUCAAGAAAUAUCAAAGGGCAGGACUUUGAAAAAUCAGACCAUGGUUCUUCUCAGAAUACCAGUAUGUCUAGCAUCUAUCAAAAUUGUGCGAUGGAGGUUUUGAUGUCGAGUUGUUCACAGUGUAGAGCUUGUGGAGCUUUGGUUUAUGAUGAAGAAAUCAUGGCUGGAUGGACAGCAGAUGAUUCAAAUUUGAAUACAACCUGCCCUUUCUGUAAAAGCAACUUCUUGCCUCUUCUCAAUGUAGAAUUUAAAGACCUGAGAGGCUCUGCCAGCUUUUUCUUGAAACCAAGUACAUCUGGUGACAGUUUACAAAGUGGCAGCAUUCCAUCGGCAAAUGAGCCCUCAGAACAUAAACCUGUGUCCAGUUCAGCAGAACCUGACUUGAUCAGUUUUAUGGAUUUCUCGAAACACAGUGAGACCAUAACAGAAGAAGCAAGUUAUACAGUCGAAUCAAGUGAUCAAAUAAAGAAAACCAGUGCUGAUGUCCAGAGUGUGAAAAUUUCAUCUGUGCCUAACAGUUUAUCUAAACGAAAUGUAUCUUUGACUCGAAGUCAUAGUGUUGGAGGUCCUCUGCAAAAUAUCGACUUCUCCCAACGACCAUUUCAUGGCAUCUCAACAGUCAGUCUUCCAAAUAGUCUGCAGGAAGAUGUGGACCAUCUAGGCAAGCGGCCCAAUCCUCCUCCUGUGUCUGUGCCCUAUUUGAGUCCUCUAGUGCUUCGGAAGGAACUUGAAUCUUUGCUAGAAAAUGAAGGUGAUCAGGUCAUUCAUACAUCCUCGUUCAUCAAUCAACAUCCAAUCAUUUUCUGGAACCUGGUUUGGUAUUUCAGACGUUUGGACCUUCCUAGCAACUUGCCAGGACUCAUUCUCACCUCUGAGCAUUGUAAUGACGGUGUGCAGCUUCCUCUAUCAUCUUUGUCCCAGGACAGCAAACUGGUAUACAUACAACUGCUAUGGGAUAAUAUCAACCUUCAUCAGGAACCAGGAGAACCUCUGUAUGUCUCUUGGAGGAACUUGAAUUCUGAGAAAAAACUGUCAGAGGAGCAGCAGGCAGCCAGCGCUUUAGUUGAGACUAUCAGGCAGAGUAUUCAGCAGAACGAUGUUCUUAAGCCCAUCAACCUGCUUUCCCAGCAAAUGAGGCCAGACACGAAAAGACAAAGGAGUUUAUACAGAGAAAUCCUUUUCUUAUCAUUAGUGUCUCUUGGGAGAGAAAACAUUGAUAUUGAGGCUUUUGACAAUGAAUAUGGACUCGCAUAUAGAAGUCUGUCUACAGAGAUUCUUGACAAGUUACAGAAAAUCGAUGCACCACCCAGUAUCAGUGUGGAGUGGUGCAGGAAGUGUUUUGGAGCACCUCUCAUUUAAAUAAGAUUCGUUCAAACUUUGGUAGAGUACUGGGGAAAUAGAUCCUGUCUGGAAACUUUCUAUGUUCUUCCCAAAUCAUAACGUGGUGAAAGCUGAAAUGAAGUAACUCUGGGGAUGAAAUACAAAUGAACUGUAAUUCAUACUGAAUCAUCUCAGAUUGUAAAACAGCACUCAGUUCCCUGAGGUUUAUUGAUGGUGAAGACUCCUGACCUAUUUCCCUGCCUCUGCUGAAAAUCAACACAACUAUUUUUGCGUCUCACAGUAUGUGUAAAAGAAAUAAUGAAGUUUUCAUCUUUCUAGAUAACUUGCUUUUAUUGAAGUUGUCCAGCUAUGGAAUGGCAAAUUAAAUUUGCCUAACCAAAAGACAUGAAAUAGUUCAAUAAUAAGAAUAACUGUGUAUGAUUGUGUGUGUGAGGCUAUGUAGUAAGUAUGUGUGUAGGUGUCUAUUUAUUAAAAUACUGAGGUUGCAUGUUGAGCGGUUUUCUGAGGGAGCCCUCGUUGCCUAGUCAGUGACUACUAUACUUGUUUGUAGUCAGCAGUUCCAAAAACAUCUAAGUCUUUCUUAACAACUGCCUUCCCUAUGAUUUAAAAUCUUAUAUCUUUGCCUUUUAAAUUAUGUAAUAUCUUGCUUCAUAGGUUAUAUCUUAGAUAUCCAGGUGCUCCUUUCCAUCUUCUUCCAAUACUAAGUUAAUCUGCAAUGUUUUCAUUGGAAUCCAAUAGGUAAAAUGAAAUUAAUUUUUGUGACCUAACAAAAUUAUCCAGAACAUGCUUUUAAGAUACUAAUGUAUAGUCUUUGACCCCGAAAUCUUUAUUUAGGUAGGCCACUUGUUGGUAUUAAUUACUUUUUUAUAAUCCUGGUCUCAUGGGAGGCAUAGGCAGGAGGAUCUCAAGUUCAAGGCCAGCCUGAACAACUUUUAGUGAGCCCUGUCUCAAGAACUUGAAAGGAGAUCUGGGAAUAUUGCUCAGUGGUAGAGCACUUAGCUAACAUACAUGAGGCUCCAGGUUCAGUUCCUGGUACCACAAAAUAAGUAAGUAAAUAAAUACAUAGAUAGAUAAAACCUGUGGGAUGGAGAAUUUGCACUGCACAUAAAAGUUUUAUUCUUGUACAAUAUUUUGAUUUAUAUGCUUGUGAAUAAAAGUGUGUAUUUGUAAAUACUGUUUUUUUAGGUCGAAUCAAUUAAGUCUAAAAACUUUAAACCUUACUGAGCUCAUUGCCAGGUUUAAGAAAAUCAUGACCUCACAUACCCCACCCACCUUGACAGAAACUGUGCUUUCUGUUUAAAGCAUCCAUUUAAGAACAACAAAUUUGUCUUAGCUGUCAGUGUGGUGUAGAAAACCAGUGACUAUGUGUGCACUUACAGUAACAGUGCAGAUUAUUAAACCGGUUGACAAACUUACCUCAACAUGGUAUACUUCAACAUGGUGGGCAUUUUUUAAAAUUAUGUACCAACAUUUCAACGUUAAAAGUUGUUAACUGACUUUCCAGAAUCCUAGUCUGAAUUUGAGUGUUAAAAGUUUUAUCAGAAAUUUUGUAAAGGUUUUCUCUUACAUUCAAAUUGGAUCUUUUACAGUUUCAAAUAUAUAUAUAUUUUUACAGCUUAUACUUUAACAUUUAUUGACCCAACAAAUUUUUAAAUUAUCUUACAUAUAUAAAAUUUAAGUUGAAUAAAAAGAAAAGUCUCAAA